UUUUUUUUUUUUACGUGACGUAAUAGGUCAACCAGAAAAAGCCCAGUACUAACAAGCUGAAAGGAGCCAUAUCGCCACCUAUUGUAGCAGAAUCAAACAUACUCCAGUCAAUAAAUCGAUUCCCCUCCCAUGCAUGUAUACUGCGGCAAGGACAGUAGUCCUAUUAAAUGGCAUAGUUAAGCUAUAACCGUGACUCGACUUAGCUGUGCAUGUAAACGUGCUGUAUGUUACAGAUUCUGUAUUUCAGUGUAAUCCCUGGAUUUCCUUCAGGUUCUGGGAAGUCUUUCACAAUGAUGGGCUCUGCAGACCAGCCAGGCCUGAUCCCGCGCCUCUGCAGCUCGCUGUUUGAGCGCACGUUGCAGGAGCAGCGGGAUGGCGAGAGCUUCACCAUCGAAGUGUCCUACAUGGAGAUCUACAAUGAGAAGGUCCGCGAUCUACUGGAUCCCAAAGGAAGCCGACAGGCACUGAGGGUGAGAGAGCACAAGGUCCUGGGGCCGUACGUGGAUGGCCUUUCCCGUCUGGCAGUGGCCUGCUUCAAGGACAUCGAGUCGCUGAUGUCAGAAGGGAACAAGUCGCGCACAGUGGCCGCCACCAACAUGAACGAAGAGAGCAGCCGCUCGCAUGCUGUCUUCAUAAUCAUCCUCACUCACACGCUCAAGGACCUGCGCUCUGGGGUGAGCAACAAAAUGGGCUAA